AUGGCUUAUGCACUUGAUCCAACUUCCCUUGUGCUCUGCUCUCAGCUUCCUUCAUCUUUCACUAAGAAUGGAACACAAAAAUAUGAUUUUGACCCUAUUCAAUUCAUCACUCUUACUCUCUCUUACAUCCUAUUUAAUAUGACCCUCAUUUUACUGUGCCCAAAUGCCACAGUUGGCGCUACUUUUGGCUUCACAAACGAGACAGACAAGCAAGCCUUGCUAGCCAUCAGCGAUCAAAUUCUUGAGGAUCCUUUCAAUGUCCUCCGCUCAUGGAAUGAUUCUAUCCACUUUAGUAGUUGGAAAGGAGUCACAUGUAGUCAUCGGCAUCAGAGGGAGACAAUCCUAAACUUGUCUUCCCGGGAAUUAGUCGGUUCCUUGUCUCCUCAUAUGGGAAAUCUUACCUUCCUCAGAGGGAUCCAUCUCGAGAACGAUAGUUUCCGUGGCACAAUCCCUCUAGAAAUUGGUCGACUGUUUCGGCUUCAACAUCUUUCUCUUGAUAAAAACUCUUUCCAAGGUGAGUUCCCUACCAACUUGACUCAUUGCUCCGGCAUUACUGUCAUCAACAUGUCUUCAAACAAUCUUCUAGGAAAAAUUCCUAUUGAGCUAGGGUCAUUGUCUAAUCUCUUAGAAUUGCGUCUUUCCAAAAAUCUUUUCAUUGGCAAUAUCCCACCUUCUUUGGGAAAUCUUUCUGCUCUUCGCACACUUGAUCUAGGAUAUAACAAUCUAGAGGGAAGCAUUCCUUUUGAGCUUGGAAAGCUUUCUGACUUACAGUGUUCAUUAAGCGGAAGGCUCCCCAAAGAACUGGGAUUGACCCUUCCAAAACUACAAUAUUUCUUAGUUGGUGGUAACCAAUUCUCUGGGCCUAUUCCACCAUCAUUGGUUAAUGCUACAGAACUUGUUAAGUUUGAUAUAGGUGAGAAUUUUUAUAGUGGGUCUGUACCAAUGAAUUUGCAUAGCCUUCAAAAUCUAGAUAGGCUAAGUAUUUUUAGUAACCGACUCAGAACUAAAAAAGCCAAUGACUUGAGCUUCCUUGAUUCAUUAACCAACUGUUCAAAUCUACAAGGUCUACUUUUAGGUGGGAAUUAUUUUGGAGGUGUAUUGCCCAAUUCAAUUGCAAAUCUAUCCACCAGUCUCACCUCACUGUCGAUAAAUGUAAACUACAUAUCUGGAAGCAUACCACAGGGAAUAGGGAACCUCGUCAACUUAGAAUUUCUAGUAUUGGAUACGAAUAUGUUCAGCGGAAGCAUUCCUGAAUCUAAUGGGAAAAUUUCUAAGUUGCAGUGA